GUUUGGGGAGUCAGCCUCAAGAUAAGGGCUCAGAAAUCAGGAAACCACGCAACAGUAUUCAACACCGCUGCGUGAUACGUCGCAUCAGUACGCCUGCCACCUGUCCCUGCAGCAGGACCAACAACUACGCACCACGCGACGAGAUAACACAGCAUGAAGCUUGUAUUGCUCACAGCAUGUGCCACGGCCUUCGUGGUCCCGGCGCCGCGCUUCGCUGGCGUGCGCCCGCAAACGACGUCGCCGCGCAAGCUGCUGACGCCGCUGCGCGCCGCCGACGACCCCGAGGCCCUCCUCGCCCAGGCCGCGGCUUUGCGCGACGAGGCCAAGGCCCUGGAACAGGCGAUGCGCAGCGAACAGGAAGCGAAGAUGCAGAAGGCCAUGGAGCAGGCCUUCGCCAAGGCCGAUGUGAAUGGAGACGGCGUCGUCACGGUCGACGAGCUCAAAGCGACGCUAGAACAGGUCUUCGUCACGGACAACGAGAACAAACGGGACGCGUCGAAGGUCGAGCGCUUACUAGCAUCUGAGAAGAAGUACGUCGAGCAACUUGUAAACGCGCUCGACGUGAACAAGGACGGCGUGCUGCAACCUGAAGAAUUUGUGCCUCUGGCUGAUUUACGAGCUAGACUAGAAGAGCAGUGGCGCGCGGAUAGAAAAGAGCAGCAGUCGCUGGAUCGCGAGGAGAACAAGCUCAAGGAGGAGAACGCUACUAGGGCCGAAAGGUUAGGUGAAUUUGAGGCUGCCGCCAAUAAGACCGACGCGGCGACGCGAGCGUUAUCAGCUUCGGCCUACCUUUUGCCUUUACUGGACAUCCUACCCCCACCGACGCAAGAGAACAUCCAACAAGGUGUGUUGGCUCCCUUGGAACAAUUAUCAGUAGCUUAUCACGGCUUUCCAUUUGGUGGUUUACUAGUCUUCAUUUUACUGUCGAACAUCUGCUCCAAUGCCGCCGCACCGCGACUCCAACGCUUCAGCGCGAGGCAUGCUAUUGUGCUGGACCUGGCGUCGGCCAUCGGCGUGCCCCUGACAUUAGCUGGUUACGCCGGCGCCGAUCCGUAUGUCAGAGGCGCCUUUGCUACUGCCAUAUUCGCUAGUGUGGUAUUAGCGGCCCUCGGCAAGGAGGCGUCGCUCGUGCCGGGCACGGGGCAGCUCACCAAAAAGUUCACCGACGACUACGACGCGACCGUGCGCCAGGUCAUCUCCGCGACCGUGGGCACGGGGCCGUUCAACAUCACGAUCCUCGCCAAGCCGCCGGACGAGGACUCCAACAAGGAAGAAUAGUGUGUUUGUAAACAAG